GUAUGCUUGGAAGGCUGAUAGAAGUGCUGCCUGCCUCACGCUUGAUUCAAAAUUUGAGUAAGCCUUACAUAAAUCUGAACCACAAUGGUCUAGGACCUAAAGGUGUCAAAGACAUUUUUAGUGCUAUGGUGUCCAACACAACCAUUACACAAUUAGAGCUGGAAGACAACGGCAUUUUGGUAGAAGGAGCUAUAUGUGUAGGAGAGAUGUUGUGAGAGAAUUCAUCCCUUCAAGAACUAAACAUCUCUAAUAAGCACCUAGACACAUCAGGAGCUGAAACCAUUGCCAGUUUGCUUUUGAAUAAUUUGUCCUACCUUGAUGUUUUUCAGCUCUUAGAGGGCUGUAUGCACACAAAUACUGAUAGCAGUAGAAGUGAAGUAGUAUGUGUUUCAUUCCCAUCUCUCACUCUGAAAAUAUUACUAGGUCUAUGGGCAAAAUCAGUCUUUCAGCUACUCCUCUUGAAGGAGCUGAACCUCAGCUACAAGGUGUUCUCUGAGAAAGGAGGACAGCUCCUUUCAGGAGCUCAUUUCAGGACAGGUUACAGCAUGCCCUCUGCAAGACAUGACAUCCUCAUUCUCACCAUGUCUAGAUCUAUGUUUCUUAUUUUACAGACGGCCAGUAAUCCCCUGACCAAAGAAAAUGCCACUGCACUAGUCACAACCUUCAGAAAGAACAUAUCUCCCUCCAAAUUCAAGACUCCAGGACCAUACACUAUGCGGUUCCAAACUGCAGAUACUGACAGCCAAACACUUUCGGAAAUCAUGAAUCAAAGUAGCCAGCACAUGCUCUUCUUCAGCAUUACAUUGCAGGAUUUGGUGUGCCAAAUGCAUCCUGAACUAGAUGUCAUCUACAGUAAGGUCAAAGGCUGUAUCCCCAAUCCCAAACAGCAUCCAAAUCCCAUGGAAGUACACAUGCUGCAGACACUUGGAGGGAUGGAGAUUCAAAGGGGUACAUUUUCUUUCAAAGAGAGUACAACCUACAACUCUGAGAACUUCUUUGGAGAUAUUGAUAAGGACGGAAAAAAGAUUUCUUUGGCAGCCUUCUGGAAAGCCAUGAUGCAGGUGUGCCACUUCUCUUACCAACAAAGCAUCCCACUGAACUGAGUCCAAAUUGGUGAACUAGUGCACAAUCUAAACUGGAAUCAGACAGCAGUUGUGGAUUACAGUCACUUAAAAGACCAGAAGCCAGCACGGAAGCCUGUGGAAGGGGAAACUGAGGAGGAAGAGAGGGAAGAGCCAUAAAAAUGAAGCAAGGAAGCAAGGUCAGACAAUGCAAGACAGUAUGAGAUUGUAUGAGAACUACUGAAAGAAAGCUCAGAGUGGCUCUGGGUUUGGGGAGGCCCAACAUUGGGGAGCUCCAGUUACUGCAUGUAACAAUGAAACUGAUGUUCCAUUAGACAGCAGGUUCCUAUACAGUUUAGUCUUUUUCCACUAAGGAAGGAUUGAUCCUUUGAACCUUGUUCCCAAAUCUGUCUUGCUCUGUAUGCCAACAGUGAUGAGCUCACUUAAAAAGAUGAAGGCAAAAAGGGGGAAUUGGGAAACUAUGACACUCAUAUAUUGUUAUUAUCUCCUUUUGAGGUAAAGCACAUGGACAAACACAGGUAAGGGCCAUGCAGUCAUCCCCUGCCA